AUGCCCGCGGCGCGGCGAUGGACGAGGCGGUGGUGAAGCAGGGCUCGCUCUACCUGCAGCUGCAGCAGACCUUCGGCAAGAAAUGGAGGAAGUUCUGGGGCAUUUUGUACCGGGAAAGCUCCUGCUCCACGGCCCGCCUCGAGCUCUUCGAGGGCGCCGGGCCGCCCGCCGCCGACAAGCCGCGGCGCGGCGAGGGCGGCAGGAAGCUCGUCAAGCUGAGCGACUGCGUGCACGUGGCGGAGGCGCCCGGCGACGCCGGCGGCCCCAAGGACACCGUCGCCUUCCUGCUGGAGACCACCGACAAGCGCUACCUCCUGGCGGCCGAGGCGGCCGAGGCGGCCGGCUGGAUCGGGAAGCUCUGCGAGCUGGCCUUUCCCGCGGCGAUGGGGAAGGAGAGCCAACAGGCCGCGCGGAAAUCCCAGGACGGCGUGUUUUCCAUGGAGGAGAACUCCCUGUACAGCUCCAGCGGCAAAGUCGUCUUGGAGAAGGAGUUUGAGGUGACGGUGAGGGCGACGGAGUCCUCGGAGCGCUGCCGCCUCUGGGGCCGGUUCCUCCUGCGGGCCGAGGAGGAGGCCCUGGAGCUGCGGGACGUCCAGACGCUGGAGGUGCUCUACAGCUGGCCCUACAAGUUCCUGCGGCGCUUCGGCCGCGACAAGGUGACCUUCUCCUUCGAGGCCGGCCGACGGUGCGCGUCCGGGGAAGGCAACUUCGAGUUCGAGACGCGGCAAGGCAACGAGAUCUUCCAGGUCAUCGAGGCGGCCAUCAACGUGCAGCGGAGCCGGGGGGCCGAGGAGCCGCGGCGGGACGACGCCUGCCGGCCGCCGGGCCACGGCAAGGCGCCCGGCUGGACGCCGGAGCACGAGGAGCGGGGCCCGGCCGAGGCCACCAGGUGCCCCUCCCUGGACGGCAAGGCCACCAAAGCCAAGGUGCCCAGCGGCUGCCCUGCGGCCGGCGAGCCCCACGGCGCCUUCCUGCCCUCGCACGGCGCCAAGUGCCCCUACGCCGAGCCCUGCGACUCCCUGCGCCGGGCCGGCUCCCCGGCCGGCGCCAAGGCCCCGGAGAAGGGCAGGAAGCCGGAGCCGGCGGCCAAAGGGGCGGCGGAGGCCGAGUACGCCGUGCCCUUCGACGCCAUCGCCAAGUCCCUCGCGAGCGGCAAGUUCGGGGGCUUCCUCGCCGAGGCGCCGCCGGACCCGCUGUACGACGCUGUCGGGGCGGCGGGUGUGCGGGAAGCCGGGCGGCCCCCGGCGCGCCGCCAAGCCGCCACCAAGCCGGAGCACAUCUACGACGAGCCCGAGGGGCUGUCCGCCCACAGCGUCUACGACGAGCCGCAGGAGGUGAAGGGGGAGGCCUGGCGGCUGCAGGCCACCCCCGAGGACCCCCCGGGGCACGAGUACCCCUACAACCCGCAGCGGGACGACUACUCGGUGCCCAAGAGACCCGUGCCGGCCACGCAGCGCCCCGUGCCGGCCACGCAGCCCUUGGCGGUGCAGGGCGAGGAGUGGCUGGGGGACACCGAGUACGACAACGUGGCCCUCAAGUUUGCAAAGAUGAGGAACGUGCAGUGAGCGGGGGGCAGGCGA